CCGAAUCCCUAGGGGCGGUGGGCAGGGACCUUAGUUGAGGGAUCGGGUCACUCUCGAGUUCUCGCCCGGCCUGAGCCGGAGGAGCUGCCGGGUCGUGGAGGCGGAGAUGGCGGAGGGCGGUGGGAAGAGGUGCCUGGUCUUGCAGGCUCAGCUGGCCCGACAGACAUGAAGCUCUUGACUUUGGUGGCCGUGGUCGGGUGCUUGCUGGUGCCCCCGGCUCAAGCCAACAAGAGUUCUGAAGAUAUCCGGUGUAAAUGCAUCUGUCCACCUUACAGAAACAUCAGCGGGCACAUUUACAACCAGAAUGUAUCUCAGAAGGACUGCAACUGCUUGCACGUGGUGGAGCCCAUGCCGGUGCCUGGCCACGAUGUGGAGGCCUACUGCCUGCUGUGUGAGUGCAGGUACGAGGAGCGCAGCACCACCACCAUCAAGGUCAUCAUCGUCAUCUACCUGUCCGUGGUGGGGGCCCUCUUGCUCUACAUGGCCUUCCUGAUGCUGGUGGACCCCCUGAUUCGGAAGCCGGACGCAUACACUGAGCAGCUGCACAAUGAAGAGGAGAGCGAGGAUGCACGUUCCAUGGCAGCAGCUGCUGCGUCCCUGGGGGGACCCCGAGCAAACACUGUCCUGGAACGUGUGGAAGGUGCUCAGCAGCGGUGGAAACUGCAGGUGCAGGAACAGCGGAAGACAGUCUUUGACCGGCACAAGAUGCUCAGCUAGAUGGCUGGCGCAGUUGCAUCAGGAACCCAGGCUGUGGCUGCCGGCUCUUGGGGCUGGGUGGAGUCGGGUCCAUUCUCUUCCCUCAAUGCAGUCUUCCCCGGUCUUCCUUUAAAAGCCUGUGACAUUUAUCUUUCUCUCUAGAAAUGUACUCAGCUAUUGUAAUUAGGGUAUGUGGUGGGGUCUCUGGUCACUAGUGUCUCCAUAGGUUUUAGAGAGGAGGGAAGGCAGGCAAGAAAGAGAUAUUUGAGGAGGUCACAAGAUUGGGUAGAAUCUGGCCCUCCUUGCUCUACCUUUGCCAUUCCUUCCAGUACUACGUGUUGGGAGAACUCUGUUUGGGAGGAAAAAACGACCCUGCGCUCGGCACAUGGCUCCUGGCUGCUGUGGUCCUAAUCCCCACUUCCUCCCUGUGCCAAUACCUCAGCUCCUGCUUGGCCUGGCUCUAGCCCUCAGGAAUCAUUCUGGUGCCACCGGGCCCACCUGGAAGCCUGGGCUCUUGGUCCACUGGAUGCACGGCAGUGCCCGUGCAUUCCUGCACACACUCCCCCCUCAGGAGGCCAGGCAGCCCCCAUCUCUUCCCCAGUGUCUGCAGCUGCUGAGCCACAAAGUUGGUUGAACCACAUGACACAAGGCUGAGCAGUGGACUCCUGUCCUUGGACCACACUUGUCCCUGAAUUCCACUGUACCAUGCAUGGAGAGAAAUGUUUGUCCUUCGUUGUCUGUAACCCAUGGAAGCCCAUUAAAUUGUCUUAUUUCACUCA